CUUACUGCCUACCUGCCUUCUGGACGUCAUCUCCAUACUCCCUCGUUCCCUUUCCCCUUCACCCGCUUUCUGAUCAAUCGCCUUUCUUUUUCCUUUUUCCCGGUCGCUCAAUCUCACUAUCACCAUGGCUGAUAUGCCUAUUGUGCUCGAUGGAGGAACGGGUUUCCUCAAAGUCGGAUAUGCUGCGCAGAACUUCCCCGAGCACCAGUUCCCCUCGAUAGUGGGGCGCCCCAUACUGCGGACGGAAGAGCAAGCAGGCGACAUUGUCGUCAAGGAUAUCAUGUGCGGCGAUGAAGCUGCUGCCGCCAGAUCAAUGCUCCAAAUCACCUAUCCCAUGGAGAAUGGAAUUGUCAAGAGAUGGGAUGACAUGCAACACCUAUGGAACUACACGUUCUACGAGAAGAUGAAGAUCGACCCCACCGGCCGCAAGAUCCUCCUCACCGAACCCCCCAUGAACCCCCUGAAGAACCGGGAGCAGAUGGCCGAGGUGAUGCUGGAAGGCUACAACUUCGGUGGUGUAUACGUCGCUAUCCAGGCCGUCCUUGCGCUGUACGCUCAGGGUCUCAGCAGCGGUGUCGUCGUCGAUUCCGGAGACGGUGUCACCCACAUUAUCCCCGUCUAUGAAUCCACCGUCCUGAAUCAUCACAUCCGCCGACUGGACGUUGCUGGUCGCGACGUCACCCGCAACCUCAUCGCCCUUCUUCUCCGCCGCGGGUAUGCCCUCAACCGCACGGCCGACUUCGAGACCGUGCGCCAGAUCAAGGAGAAGCUGUGCUACGUCUCCUACGACCUGGAGCUGGAUAAGAAGCUCUCGGAAGAUACGACGGUCCUGGUCGAGUCCUACACCCUGCCCGACGGCCGUGUCAUCCGCGUGGGCAGCGAGCGGUUCGAAGCCCCCGAGUGUCUCUUCCAGCCGCACUUGGUCGACGUCGACCAACCCGGUAUCGCCGAGCUGCUGUUCAACACCAUCCAGGGCGCCGAUGUCGACGUGCGCUCCAGUCUCUACAAGGCCAUCGUGCUCAGUGGCGGAAGCAGCAUGUACCCCGGCCUGCCCUCGCGUCUGGAGAAGGAGCUCAAGCAACUGUGGCUCACCCGAGUACUGCAAGGAAACCCGGAGCGACUCAACAAAUUCAAGGUCCGCAUCGAAGACCCGCCCCGACGAAGACACAUGGUCUUCCUUGGAGGUGCCGUGCUGGCCAACCUGAUCGCCGACAAGGAGGAUAUGUGGGUCACCAAGCAAGAAUGGGAGGAACAGGGUGCACGUGCCCUCGCCAAACUCGGUCCUAGAUAAAAAAAAAGGUGUCUAGGUAGUUUACCACUUUCAAACCACGUAACCAGUACAUAUAUGCAUCCAUACCUAUCCACCUACUUUUCCAAGUGCUCAGCCCGCCAUCUUCUGAUCCCACUGGGAAUCUAUUCUGAAACAUUGCGAGGCUUGUCGCGUCGCGUCGCACCCUCUCUUCAAGCCAGAUCCUUUUUUUUUAUUAUCUCUAUAUCGAUCUUCUACGCUCAUACUCUGCAG